AACUUACAACGAAUCCAACCCUCAAGAGUAAAGCAUACGUUAUGAUACGCGUUUUUGGUUUUACACAAUCAUACCCUUCGAUUCUUUAGCUUUGGUUUGGAUAAAUCUCUUAAAACAAACAAUUCCUAAUUAUAAAUUUAUUCUCGUAUAUAAAUUACCCUUUUGAUCACUGACUCUUAAAGAAUAGAGCUUUAGCUAAUUCGCACAAGAAAAGUACUUGGAAGCCAUGGCAAAGAGCUCCUUCAAGUUGGAACAUCCUUUGGAAAGGAGGCAGGCAGAAUCAGCUCGAAUUAGGGAGAAGUAUCCCGAUAGAAUACCAGUUAUUGUGGAAAGGGCUGAAAGAAGCGACAUACCUGACAUUGACAAAAAGAAAUAUCUGGUUCCUGCUGAUCUGACAGUCGGCCAGUUCGUUUAUGUGGUUCGAAAGAGAAUAAAGCUCAGCGCUGAGAAGGCUAUAUUCAUCUUUGUCAAAAAUAUUUUGCCACCAACUGCUGCUAUGAUGUCAGCGAUUUACGAGGAAAACAAAGAUGAGGAUGGUUUCCUGUACAUGACCUACAGUGGUGAGAAUACAUUUGGAGAAUCAUUCUGAGUGCAGUCAAAGCUUAAACUCAUGUGGCUAGACAAUGAACAAAUGUAAAUUCUUGUCUUCCUGUUGUUACCAUGGGCAAUCCCUUGUUGGAACUUGAUAUGAUGCUCUGCCCUUUCUUAAGAUUUGGAUAUUACUAUUACUGAAUUUGAUGCUGUAAAUAUUUGUGAUUUCUCUCAUAUGGUUCUAGUGGUUGAUGACUAAAUCAAGUGGCAUCAGAUUUUACUAUCCCAAAUAUUUGAGAGGGUUUUGGGUAAAAUAACUAUUUCUUAA